CUGCGCCGACUGUACCGGUUGACAAUCGGAACUCGACGCACGAAUCUCCGCUGGCAGUGCUCGCUUGGUAGUCGACGAUCGACAGUCGCCGUGGCCGUAUCGUGCGUGUAGCGUCGCGACGUUCUCGCGUCGGUUUCCCCGCACCAGCCGGAGUGUGACGACCGCCUAGUGACGGCAGCUCAGGUCAGCUCGCAUCGGCGAACGGGGUCGAUUGAUCGGAUCGGACAGGUCGGGAAUUCAUCCGACGGACGACACUCGGACCGCGUACGCCACUUCGGAUCGGAUUUUGACCGGCGCGAAUCGCGCAAGAGGAUCGUCUUGUUCACGGCUCGAGUGAACUCGCUAUCUUAUCGGCUCGCCGACGUCGCGGCGCGAGGAUAAAAGGAAAGGGAAGGUGCGAGUGUGCGUGCCGUCUCUUGUGGCCCUGGAGUUACGCAACAGGCAGCGGGCGUAAUGAAGUCGAAGACGAGCGAGAGUUUCGUAGCGAGUGAAAGCAACGGGGUCAAGAAGGACGGCGCCGACGAGGUCAAGCAGAAACAGCUGAAGAAAGGUAAAACGUUCUGCCAGUCCUGCAAGAAGAAGUGCAGCGGGGAGGUGCUGCGCGUUCAAGACAAAUACUUUCAUAUCGGGUGCUUCAAGUGCGCCCAAUGCAACGCUAGCUUGGCGCAGGGUGGCUUCUUUGCGCGCGAGGGCACCUACUACUGUACCAAGGACUAUCGGGAACGCUGGGGAACGCGAUGCGCUGGUUGCGGGGAGUACGUGGAGGGUGAUGUUGUGACAGCCGGCGAGAAGUACACGUUUCAUCCAAAUUGUUUCCAUUGCCAAAGAUGCCGGCAGCCGCUACUAGGACAGGGGACGAAAGUAUCUCUAGUGCAAGGUCAGGCGCUCUGUCACCGAUGCGUCGGCAUACCGGUCCGCGAGGCCUCCACGCCAAUUGGUAAUAGCGCCGGCACCAGAGGAUCCGGCGACGGGCACACCGACCCUGGAGCAUGCGCCGGCUGCGGAAACCAAUUGAGAGAAGGUCAGGCGUUGGUAGCGCUCGAUCGCCAAUGGCACGUCUGGUGCUUCAAGUGUCACAGCUGCGACACUGUGCUCCACGGGGAGUACAUGGGAAAAGACGGCGUGCCUUACUGCGAGAAGGAUUACCAGAAGCAGUUCGGAGUGAAGUGCGCCUAUUGCAACCGCUUCAUCAGCGGCAAGGUCCUGCAGGCAGGCGACAAUCAUCAUUUCCACCCGACCUGCGCACGUUGCACCAAGUGUGGCGACCCGUUCGGCGACGGGGAGGAGAUGUACCUGCAAGGUGCGGCGAUCUGGCAUCCACGCUGCGGCCCGGGACCUACCGGACCCAACGGCAUCGUCAACGGACACGGGGAGACCCCGCAGCAUCGGGAGUCGGAGCGGAUUUCCAGCAGCGCUUCGGAAAUGCAGUUUUCAUUGCGGUCACGCACGCCAAGCCUGAACGGAUCGCUGUGCAGCCCUUACAGCAGCCUCAGUCGCAAGUAUUAUCCAGCGCGAACUGGAAGUCCCGGUCUGAUCCUGAGAGAAUACGGACGAGGAGCGCCGGAAGAUGUGUCUAGGAUUUAUACGUACUCAUACUUGACUGAAACGCCCAGUCAGGGAUAUUUGAGACGUCCGAUACAGCCGUACGAUAAACCCCCAACUAGCCCGCAUUUCCAUAGACCUAGCUCAUCUCGUUCGAUAAGAAGCAGCGGCGGACGCAGCAGCAGAUCGGGAAUGAGGGCUUUGGUCGACGCUCUGAACGACACCAGACCGAAAUCACCUGCUAGCCAGGUGGAUAACGAUGAGCCGAUCGAACUGGCGCAUUAUCCGGACGCGAUGAAGCCGCCGCCCGGAGCACAGCCGCCGAUCGAGAGAGACGAUUUUCCUGCUCCGCCGUAUCCUUACACUGAUCCUGAAAGACGUAGACGAUGGUCCGAUACCUACAAAGGAGUACCUGCAUCUGACGACGAGGACGAAGUAGACAACAAGACAUAUAUCAAGGAGGCGGAGCAGAAACUGAAGAAGGAACAGGACGAAUUGAGCAAGAUCGACACGGGAAUAGCCAAGGUAUUCCUGCAAGAUCGCGAGAAGGACCGGGAGAAUUUGCGACACAAGGCCGCGAACGUGGAUCCCAGAAAUGCCUCGAGGACACCGUCCGCUGCCAGGGAGCCCACGUAUAGAUUGCGUUACGAAAGUCCUGUUGGUGCAUCGCCUUCGCGAAAUAUCGACCAUGCACGGCCUUGGGAGGAUGACGAUGGCUUUAGCUACCGAUCCAGCGGGCCUAGCUACAACGUUGGGAGGUCAUCGGCGCGCUCCCCGGCUCCCAGAAACUAUCCACCCCUUGGUACUCAGCGCGCCUUCACUCUUCCAAACGCCACUAGGCACUAUCAUUCGGGCGACUAUUCGUUCAGUGGGAUGGGCGACAAGACGCACAGCACUGAUUUCUCGUCUGGCAAGUCGGACAUAUCAACAGGCAGCAUCACGGAUGUGGAUCGGCGGGCAUUGGUAUGUACCACAGCCCCAUACUACUCCCGGCGAAUUAGCAUGAAUGAUGGUGGAAUCCUUCCAUCAUCCACCACAUAUACAGGUGGCCUAGGUUCGGUUGUCGGAGGUCACGGGGGUCAUCAUGUGAGGAGAUCGUUGCCGGACAUGGGUGCUGCACCAACCGAACCGCCCAAGCUUUAUCCCUACCAUUUACUCGUUAUCACCAACUACAGGCUGCCAGCUGACGUGGAACGUUGCAAUCUCGAGCGGCAUCUCUCCGACGCGGAAUUCGAGAUGGUCCUCCAGUGCUCCCGCGCGGAAUUCUACAGACUGCCACAGUGGCGCCGCAAUGAAAUCAAAAGACGUGCCCGGCUGUUUUAACUCAUGCUAUACACAUUUUACUUAUUACAUCGCCUCAUGUCACGAUUGUGUUACUGUGGUACAGACUGUACAUUCCUACUGCGUGGUAGAUGCAUCGCGGAGAAAAAAAUGUGUUCGACAACCGUUGUCAGAACCGUACUUACCCUACCUACAGACGCAUUAGACGCUAAUUGGCAGCCUCAUGUAUUCGAGGGACUCUUCCAGAAGUUGUCAUUAGAAAAUAAUAAGCCUCCUUACGAUUUUGUCAUAUCGAUAUAUACGAGAUACAAACUGGAAGAAACGCAUGAAGUAGUAGAGCAAUCGACGAGAAUCAGAGUUGUCUUUGUAAAUGUAUUUGCAUAUACAUUGUCAUUAUCCGCUUUGUAUUUAUAUUAAGAGUCUUGAUAUUAUUUAUUGAGUAUAAAACGAAAAAGUUAACUUAUGUGUGUGACAACAUAAUUGAUAAUUUUGAUAAAAAAAAUUGAAGGAAAAUCAAUAAAAAACAGAACGAUCAACAGAUAUUUGCAUACGCACAACUAGACGUUUGUUGUGUGUACGUGUAUAUAUGUGAACGUUUAAAAUAUUGUGUAAUUUAGACUUUAGUUACUUGUGUGCGCUUGAUCUGUAUCUAAAUUCAUGUGGCUUGAGAGUCCCAGAGACGUUGUUGCGUCUAAAACAUCGAAGUAAGAUAAGUACGGCGCUGAUCACCGCGACCAUUUAACUGCCGACGUGCGCUCGGUGGUGAUGGGGAUGGCGAUGGUGAUGCGAAAUCAAAGUCCUCUAAGCGGGAGCACAAAAUACACGACACGACAUACACAAAACACACAAACACGCGCAUGUACACAUAUUUUAAAGACACGAAAGCACUGCCACUUUGUCGUCAAUUUUUUUCUCGCAGCAACGAAUCCACAGGCAGCUUUAUCUACGGUGACCCGAUUUCUUUAGCGACGUAGACGUUUUCUCGAGUUUUACCAUUCGGAGCGCCAUCGUGACUUGAUUUCAUUCUCACACACGUUUACGAGUGCGCAACGACUGGCUGAUAUUAACGUAGAGAAGAUAAUCAAAUAGUGGAUGGGAGGGGGAUACGACUAAAAAAAGAAACUCUUGAUAUAACUCACUAUUGUAAAUAUGAAGUUUGUCGAGAGGUGUCGAAGGGCGGCGCGAAGAAGCAGCUAGGAAGUUUCAAAGUACAUAAUCAUGUAUUCGCUAAAUCGCAUACAUACAUAUUACCUUGCGAACGACUAUAAUGCAAGGAACGCUACUAAAAAUAGGGUCUAUCAUUAUUAUUAUUAAUUUUUAACUGCUAUUAUUAUUAUUAUUAUUAUAUUAUUAUAUUUUACUACACGCAACGUGAAGAAAUUAAAAAGAGAUCCAAGUAGGUGAAGAAGCUUGUUGAAUGGUGCGAGUACAUUGACUAAUUGGACGAUUUGCGCGUGAUUGAUCACAUUUUUAACUUACUCUCUGUGGCAAGGAUUAUUUUAUAGAGUAGCUUGCGCGGUGUCCUUGUGAGAUAUUUUAUCCUUUUAAUUACCCUCGAUGUAUUAACUGAAGGAUACGUUCUGCGGUGCGGACUGCGAUAAACAUUUACGAUCGCUCGAUCAUUCUAUGUUAGAGUUACAAAUAAGAAAAUCAGGACCAAAUUUAUAGUCGUGGUGGAUCCGAACAGUCGAGACCAUCGAGAGCCUUAUCGUCAACACGAAACGUAUGUUUUAUUACGUUUUACGAACGUAACGGAUUUAUUGUUAUUAUAUAUUCGUCACUGUCGAAAUUUGUAAACGAUUUUCACGGAACAUCUCUGAUUCGCAUCAUUCUGAGAUGAUGCAUGUGAUUUUGGAAAUGUGGCAUAAGUCAAGUUUUGAACAUUUCGCUACAGACACGCACACAUGAUGCAUGAUCGUGAUUGACACGCCGCAAUGCAUGAUUCUUGACACAUAUAUACAUGCACAUUCGUCGAUCCACCUAAAAAAGAAAGAAAAAAAAAGGAAAAAAACCGCUAAGCGAUUUUUUAAAGAUUUUUAAGGGGAAAACUGCUCAUAAGAUAAAACGUAGAACUCUUAAAAUA